AGAAUACCUUGUUUGGUGAUAAUAUUUUUUCUUUAAAUCCUAGUGAGAGUACACAUCCUAUUACCUUAAAGAAGGGCUCAAGUCACCCAUGUAAACCUGUUAAUAUAACAACUCAAUCAGAGUCUAAGGUUUCUAGAAUGACUCAGACCAGUUUAGCUGGCGAGAAGGUAGCUGGCAAGCAGGAAGACAAUGGCCAAGCCACCUCACCCAUUUUUAUCACAGUGGAAAGAAGAGCCAAACCAAACCCUGAAAGCACUGAAGCUGAACUUGCAGCCCAACUUAUCACUCAGUUCAAAAAUAAUACGGGAAACGAUGCUCUUGUAAAUAAUGGAAACAGUUCAAA